GAGCAUGAAAAAGUAUGGCAGCCACCACAGAAGAGAGCAGAGUUAUUCAGUCUCAUAAUUCACAGGAAAUUCUCAAUGAGGUUCACAAGUUUGUCACCGGAGCGCAGCUCGCGGACAAUCUCUCACGACAGGAACUGGCCCAGAGCGCCAUCUUCCUGCUGAAAUCGUUGCCGUCAUCAAGAGCCGCCGUCCUUGAGCACCUAUGCUCGGUGUUUGACGAAGCCGUGAAUGUCUAUCUGCUGCAGUUAGAGACAGGGAGAACCAGCCCUUCUCCUGAUACCAGCUUAGAUGAAGUUAUUGAUGACAUCUACCAAGUAUUGACAGGAUUCAUUACAAGCAACCCUACUGCAUGGGCUCCAAUCAUCUCAAGUUGGUCUAUUGAAUUACUUGGACAGCUAGGUAGUAACUAUGCAGAGAGAAGUGGAGUUCCUGAUGCUUCGAGGUUGAAUGAGCUCAUGCAGCACUGGAUGACGUGUCCAGCCACCCGAGCCUUGAUUGACAUUGCCGCUCAGUGCAUUGCUGCGAUGUAAGUACUUGCUACUUUAGGUGUCUUCCAGUAGUCGUGUGUACACGUGAGCGUGAUGAAUUGGUUGACUAACACAUUACAUCGUGUGCUAAUGCGUGAUAGAUCACACUAGAAGGCAGGUAGUGUCGCAUGCCAGCCAUCAACAUGCAAGCAAGCUGUCGAGAAUUUUAUGGCUGAACUGAUACGGCUGCACUGUUAUGCAAAAAUAGCCCUGCUCCUCGUUCGUAGUCGGAGUCUCAAACCAAAGUUUUGCCUACUAGUGUGCAACCUCUGGACGACCUUAGCAGUCCCUACCCUCUAAUACACAACCUCUGGACGACCUCUCAUCUCUUGUCGCCGCUGCCCGCUAAGGUGUGACCUCAGGAUGAUCUUUCAACCCUCGCGUCCCCGCUUGUUAGCGUGCGACUCUGGGACGACCUUUCAAUCUCGGUCCCCGCCCGCUAGCGUGACCUCUGGAUGACCUCUCAAAACUCGCAGUCCCCGUCCGCUAGCGCGCGACCUCUGGACGACCUCUCAACCUUCGCAGUCUACCCUCUAACGCCUGACCUCGAGAUGACCUCCCUAUCCUCAGGGUCCCCGCCCCCGCUAGUGUACAACCUUGGGAUGACCUCGGGAC